ACAAUGCUGCUCUUCAAAAAAUUAUGCCGCAUUAAUGCUACAAAUAGUAAUGAACGCCAAGGGCAACACACUCGUCAGCACAGACACAGACAAGAACAAGGGCAAGAACAUCAGCAACAACAUCAGCAACAACAACAAGGAGUCCAACAAGGGACAUUGUCAUCCCCAACAUCCGGCGACGCUGUUACGCUUCGAGUCGCAAAUCCUUUAGACAACUUGACGACGCGCCAACGAGGCCUCCACGAAGACAACGCCACCGAACAGAAUCACUUUGCUAAUCGAGUGCUGUGCCGUACGCCACCACCAGUCUACGAUUCACUGCCGGCUACACCGCCACCCUCUUACACGCCUCACAGUGGUGUGGAUGUGGGCGUUGCUGGUGGCUUUGGUACAGCUGAUGGUUGUGUAUUAAUAAACGCUGUAGCUCAGAGUGCGGGCGCUUGGCCAUCGUACGCCGCAUCGCCAACGCAAUGUCAACCUUUCUGCGCUCAGUUGGACAGUAAUGCCGCAGAUUAUGAUGAAGUUGUAUUGCCACCCACUGCGCUUAGAUAUCCACAGCAAGGUCAGCAAUUAGUGCAAUAUAGCGAGAAUGUGGCGCCAACAGUUGCGCAGCAAGAGCAACAGCAAUUACUUGAAGCACAAUUGCAACUCAGAGGAGAGCAACCCCAGCAACAGCAGCAGCAGCAACAACAAUUGCGUCGUCGCAGACGCUUACAUUUGUUGCAGCAACAGCGUUUGUCGAAUAUUAAUGCGGCAAGCACAGACAGCACCAGUAGCAGCAGCAACUACAGCUUUGGUAAUAGGCGCAACAAUAACAACAACAACUUCGAAUUUAACGUCAACAGUCAGCGCUGCGGCAGCAGCAGCGAUAGCGAAACUUACGCUCAGUUACCGAUUGGCAGUGAACGACGCCAACAGCGUCGACAGCAGCGUAUUGGUCGCGGCUUAAGAGAUGCCUAUUGCCCUGAUCUGCUUCACGCUUGCUCCCUCAUCCUCCAACAGCAGCACGAGCAAUCACUCGAGCCCAACGACACUAGCGACAGCUCUGUAAGCAAUUUUACGGCUACACCACCACCACCACCACCUCGCCCUCAAAGUAGCUGCUCCAUAGAUUAUGUGGAAAUAGAUCAAAUCCGUCCGGCGACGCGAGAUCGCGAAGGUGAACGAUUUAGAGAUCUACAGCCUGGCAUUUGGCAGCCUCAGGUUGUGCGGACGAUUAGCACACCUGAACUGCAUUCACACGUCUAUAGCAAUGAUGUUGGCGGCACGCCGUUGAACGCCGAGUGCGUACAAAGCACAGACGUCGAGUACCAAAGAUUAACACAGAAUCCAAUUCAGCGGGAGAUGGGUCAAAAUUUGAGUUUACGCCGACCGCGUAUCUCACUGACUUGGGUAUUAAGAGAGCAACAACAACAGCAACAACCAAACGAAGUACAAACGCCAACGAAUGACGACGACGAGCCGGGAACUACAAAGAAACUCGUUAAUGGCACAGCGGCAGAAACACCAAAUAAUAAUAACGGUUGCAUGAAUGGUAGGCUAGAAUCCAAGCAGCGCACAGAAUUGGUGCCAACGCAGUUGACCACUACGUCUACCACAAACACUGCCACCACCACAACUACAACGACAACGAAACGUUAUCGUCUCAAGCAGCUGCCCGGCAGCACUGAUCCACUCAAUGGGUACGCCACCACGCCCACCGCACACAUGCCAGCUAAUGCUUUGGCGCCACAAAAGUUCUUCAGCAACCAAAACUUACUGGAAUACAAAGAAAAGUCAAGAGCGCCCUCCCGCGAGCUAUUGUUCGUCUGCACGCCACAGCGAUUGCCGAAGAGUUACGAUACCAGCGAAGCGCUUUCGUUGGCCAAAAAACGCAAUGAGAUACGUAAGAGGCUUGCAGCUAAGAUGGCAACAUUGCAGGCAAAUGGCAGGCCGCACGCAGACGGCGCUGAGGCAAGUCAGUUGGACAGAAAUGGUUGCGCCUCGGUAACAGCGACAGGUGCGGCUAAUGGUGUUGUUCUAGAAAAGGAUGAGCUAAAGUCAUUGAAGGGCACUUACUCCGAACCGAGUUUGAUUGCUGCUUCGGAGGGACAUCCUCGUCGUCACCGUCACCGCAAACGACGCGAACGCAUUCGCGGACCAAAGUUUGGUUACGAGAUUAGCAAUGUAGAUGAAUUCCUCUCCAAGUGUUCACUGGCCUCGCCUGGCAAUAUACCCGUCGUACUGUCGGCUGCCAGUACGCUUUACCAAACGCGGCCGGGACAACAUCAAGUUGAAGUGCCGCUGCCGCUGGGCAUGGUCGUGAAUGCGGUAUUCAAAAAUCAAAACUGGCUGUAUGUGCAAACACCGCACGCUGAGGAGGGCUAUGUAGGUUACUCUUGCUGCCUGCCGCUAGGCAUACUCCCACCCACCGCGCGUAGCAGCGCCGCUAACCCCAGCAAACCAGCGCCGUGUUGGGAGUCCAACGGUGACAUAUUUCCACGUCCUGGCGGUAAUAUGACUGACUCAGAAAAGGAGAUACGUCUGCGUGGCGGCACACGCUCCGAUGGUGCGCGUACGCCGCGCGGCAAGCGCGGUGAAGCAGUCGGCACCGAUGUGGAUGCGAAAAACGGCAAUGCCUCAGUCGUAUCCGCAGCUGCCUCCACUUGCGGUGAGCAACAGGUAGAUCGGCUGUAUUUGCGCGCGGCAUCGCAGCCGCGUCUAGUCGAAAAGGCAUACGCGCAGCUCAAAUCCACCAAGCAGGCACUGGCGCUACACAACAGCGGCAACGAUGAAUACGUAACACUGCAGCAGCAGCAGCAGCAGCACAAGUCAAAGUUGCAUGUGCAGAAGCAUAUGCAACAACAGCAACAACUGCAGCAGCUGCAUCACAAGCACCUCAUCAAUGGGCCGUACAUCACGAACGGCCACAACGGCCAGCACCUACAUCCAAAGAACAUUGCGAACAUUUCGUCAGCGGCUAGUGUCUCAAAUGCCGCGAGCGUUGCGUCGGUAUCGCAUAGCGCCAGCUUUGCGUCGAAAGCUCCGGCCAAUGGGAGCUUACAUAACGCUAAUGCGAAUCAGCAGCAACACGGCAGUGUGUUGCACAUGGCCAGUCGAAAGCAGCAUGGCUUACGUCAAACGCUCGUCGCCAUCAACACCGAUUACGCCACCGACAGCAUUGUGCUGCACAAGGGUGAAAUUGUGACGCUCUGCGAGUGUCGUGAAUCCAAAGAUCAUCGACAAUGGUUCUAUGUGCGUACCCGCGACGGCCGUGAAGGUUACAUACCCGCCGAGGUGGCAGGCCAUGGGUACUUGUAGGCGCAUGCGCACGCACACCCAUACAUUUUGCAUACUAAUCAUUUGAAAGUGAAAAGAUUUUUCUAGUUGUAAGUUGCACCACACUCAUUCCAGUCGCUUAGUCUGUAGCAGCUUAGAACUUAUUAAUAAAUAUUAUCAAUUAUUAGACGACGUACACAGUAUUUGGCUCAAGACGAAGAGGGAGAAUAGAUAUACGUACCUACAUACAUAUGUAUGUAUGUAUCUAAUUUUAUCGACUAUGUAUUUAUGUAUGCUAAUAAAAGUGUUAUAUGUACUUUAAGUAUAAAAACGUUGUUUGUAUGUACAUAUGUGUAUGAACUUCAUAACGAAAAUUGCAAUGAAAGCUGUUUACAAAAAUUAAAUAAAUUAUUAUUCCAUCACACAAAUUUAAAUAAA